UCACAUGGUGGCUUACAUCCAUCUGCAGCUCCUGUCCCAAGGGACCCCUCACCUCUUCUGGUCCCCAUGGGCUUGGGACACAUGUGACGCACAGAAACACACUCACACACACAAAUUCAGUCAGGUAUGGUGGCGUACACCUUUAAUCCCAAUACUUGGAUGGCAGAGACAGGCAGAUGUUUGAGUUUGAGGCCAGCCUGGUCUAUAUAGUGAGUUCUAGGCUAGCCAGGCUACAUAGGAAGACCUUGUCUCAUAAAAAGUAGAUAAAUAAAAUCUAAAUAAAUUCAGAUUCUCAGAUUCUGCCCUUAGGACUCAGUGAGGACAACUACUUCAGAGAGGAAAUAGUUGGAAGGUUGACAUAGUACAAGGCAGGAUGGGUAGAAGGCAGGGCUUGGGGAGGGACCAGGCCUGGCUCCACCCUUCCUACUUCAGAGCCAUGGGGAGCCCAGGUCCUGGUGGGCCACCCCUAGUGCAAGUGCCCUACACUGUCCUGCUGCUGCCGCUGGGGACAAGCCGCCAAGACCCUGGGGCCCAGAGCUUCUUCCUCUGGCUGCAGAUGAUGCAGGCUCUGGAGAGGAAACAGGAUGCUCUGUGGCAGGGCCUGGAGCUGCUGGAGCACGGCCAAGCCUGGUUUGCAGACCACCUCAGGGAGGCCCAGCAACGGCAGCUGCACCUGGGGGCCCUCGGUGAGGAUUUUCUCAUGGACUUUGCCUCAGAGGCUGACUCCCCACAGCUAACCCAGAUCCAAAAGGUGAAUGCUGGUUUGCGCAGUCUGAUUCAGACGGAGUUGUCAAAGCAGCAUAAAGAAGUCACACAGUCCAAGGGAGAGGUGGCUCUGUCAGGCUGCCCCCAAGGGCAGAGGGGCCCUACCCAUGUGUGAACCCUCCCCUCCCAACACCACUGAAUUAGGAGCGGAGUUGGGAGAGACCCCACACACCUUAAUCUUGACCUGGCAGCCAGUGGCUCUGGGCUGUGGGUCAGAGAAAUUCAGACACCUUGGUAUAAAGUGAACUGGAAACUCCUAAAAGUGUCCACAGCAUCUUCUGGAUGUCCCUACCCUCACUCUGCCCCAUGCUGUGUGCAAAAUCACCUUUCUGCAGUGUCUGGGAGAAGGCACCAUCACUGAAACCCUCCUUCAGCUUAAAUAAAACUGAGCUAAAGAAGCCACCCUGGAACCUAAAGUGACAACUCUGCUUGCUGGUACCCUGCCCUCCUGGAAUAAACAGUAACUUCCAAAAACAA